AUGGCUCUUCCAGUUGUGAAGAACGCGCUUGAAUGCGCCGAAUACACCAACACACUACAUCCCUACCUGUACCAGCUUCGACCUCUACCCGGCAUUGUCGCUGAGUCCAUCACCAAUGCAGCGGCAUUGAGGCAAGUCUACCUCGACACCAACCCUGCAAUCACUUCAAUCGCCUUCUCAAUCGCCAUCGCCCCAAUCUUCCUUGUCGUAUCCGAGAUCAACAAAAACUACUCCCAAGUCGACCGCAUGUGUCGAUCCUCCCUUCAAUCCACCACCUCCACUAUUUUAUCUACGCCUACCUCGCCGGAUACGACACCACCCGCAUCGGCGGCUGUCGGUAGUGAGGACUAUCGAUGGGCGCUCGUCAAGGACUAUGUCGGCCCUACCGUCAUGUUCCUCUUCAAUGUUACCUUCAUCUCUCUCGCCCAAAGCCUUCUGCUCUGCGCAAUCACAACCCCAGCCUACGUCAUGCUCCUCUCCGAGCGCCUUGUCUCCGCCCGCGCUCUCCCUGCAUGGACCAACGGCGACACAGCCGCAUUCACCUUGAUCGUCACUCUUAUCACCCUCACCGCAAUCGGCGACCAGCAGCAAUGGAACUAUCAAAACGCCAAACACGCCUACCGUAAGACCGGCGUCCUUCCCGCAGACAGCAAGUACACAAAGCACGAGCUCGAAGUCGGUUUUCCCACCACCGGCUUCUUUGCCUACGCUCGCAAGCCCAACUACGCUACCGAACAAGCCGUCUGGGGCUCCUUCUACUUGUGGUCGUGCAUUACCUCAGGCACGCUGUACAACUGGACAGGCAUCGGCUUCCUCUCGUACCUCAUCCUAUUCCAGGCCAGCACGUGGUUGACCGAGCUGCUCAGCGAGCAGAAGUACCCCGAGUAUGCGCAGUACAGGCGGCAGGUUGGGCAGUUCAUUCCUACAAGCUUGACACCUCCAAAGAUCGAGCUGCUGAAGCGCAAGGCUGCUAUUGAGAAUGGCGCUACCGGGGCAAAGAAGAAUGAUGUCGCUGCAGCGCAUGCGCGGGAGCGGUAUAACCUGCGAGGCAGCCCUUGA